AAGCAGUCUUGUCGCAGUGUGAAAAUGCGCUUCAACAAACUGGUGUUUUGUGUGUUUGUGGUCGGGUGGGCUAAAGCCCAGCAAGAUGUUCAAUUGGAAAUCCCGCAGGGAUUUCUAAAAGGUCUGAAGACCAGUACUGUUUUGCAGAAUGUACCAUAUUAUAGUUUUAAAGGCAUACCUUAUGCAAAACCAAAUGUCGGUCUCAAUAAAUUCCAGAUGCCCGAGCCUGCCGAACCCUGGGAAGGAACAUACGAUGCGACCUACCAUCGCUCCGUUUGUCCUUUAUUCUGCAUGAUACAGCAGGACAUGUUAGGUGAAGAGGAUUGUCUUUAUCUCAACGUUUACACUCCGGUAUUGGACAAAGACGCCCGUAAAGCCGUGAUGGUCUGGUUCCACCCCGGUAACUUCAACAGCGGCCUCGGAGACGACACGUUCUUCGGGCCCGACUUCUUGAUCGAGCAGGACGUCAUCCUCGUAACGCUCAAUUACAGACUUGGCCCUAUCGGAUUCUUGAACACCAGAGAUAAGAGCGCGCCCGGCAACGCCGGCUUGAAGGACCAAGUGAUGGCGUUGAAAUGGGUCAAGGACAAUAUACAUUACUUCGGCGGCUGUCCCAAUCGAGUUACGAUCUUCGGCGAGGAUGCGGGCGCGAGUUCCGUUCAGUUGCACAUGAUGUCACCCAUGUCCGACGGUUUGUUCAACGGCGCCAUCCUGCAGAGCGGAAGCGCGAUGAGCACAUGGGCGAUAUCUUACAAUCCCCGGGAACUAGCUUUCAAAUUGGGAGAGAAGCUGGACAUCGAGACCAGCGAUUCCGCCGAAUUGGUCGCCAAGCUCGCCGAGUUCACCCCAAAAGAGCUGAUCUCGGCUAGCGAGGAAUUAAUGAAGACUGAGAAUACGAUGAACGGUCGUUUUGCGGUGUUCCUUCCGUCGGUCGAGGCUGAUCUAGGACAAGAAGUGUUCCUGCCCGCCGAUCCGUGGACGCUUCUCAAGUCCGGAAAAAUCGCCGAUGUGCCUGUUAUGGCUGGAAUCACCGCCGACGAGAGCGCCUUCUACGUGCAGAUGAUGCUCGGUAAUAUCGAUCAAAUGAAUGAGCACUUCGAGAACUUCCUACCUGAUGACUUAAACGUAACCGACGCCGGGCAGAGGAACCAACUAGGUGAAAGCUUGAAGAGCUUCUACUUCGACGAUAAGUCGAUCUCCACGGAUACCACGAAAGAGUUCAUGAUGAUGUUGGACGACAUCAUGUUUGACGCCGCGACCGCGCUCAGUUUAGAGAUAUUAAGCUCCCGAAUCUCGGCGCCAAUUUACGAAUAUAUAUUCUCUUACGAAGCUCCGUUCGGCAUGUUGAAAAGUCUAUUCCACGUGGAAGACGGUGUCGCCCACGGUGACGAAAUGACUUAUGAAUUUUAUUCCAAUGCACUAAAAAAUCUGCCGCAGAGUGGUUCGCCCGCGGAGAAGAUAAUGCGUAUCUUUACCACGUUGUUGGCAAACUUUGCGAAAGACGGAAAUCCCACGUCACAGUUGGACGAUAACGUAAACGUAAAUUGGGAGCCCAAAGGUACAGAUGAUAACUAUAUGAAUAUUAAUGAAGAAUUGAAGAUGGAGAAAGGUCUACUAAAAAACAGGAUGGAGUUUUGGAAGAGUUUGUACAGAAAUGUUCUCGGCUGAAUGUACGCAAAUGUAUCAACUCAUGCGCGUCGCAUACGAAUGUAUUAACUAAUCAAGUGCGGGAAUAAUAAAUAAUGAUAUGAUUGAUUAUAUCUAUUGGUAUAUCUUACGUGUAUCACAUACAUAUAUGCACACAUAUACACAUUAAUAAUAUGCAUCAUAGUAAUGUGUAAAAAGAUUGUGCUAAUGUAUUGUGUAAAUAUAUCUGUAUAAUAAAAUGUAUCAAUGGGGAAAGCACUUGUGAGAGGCUCGUCGCGCAAGAAAAGUAUCGGGAAACGACGUGGUUGAUUAACUCCGCGUUGGGCUGUAAAGCAUUUAAUUAAAACGAGCGAUUAAAGUCCCCAAACUUGAUAUUAAUUGUUAGCUGACAUAUAAACAGGAAAAAAUA